GACUGAAGUGCCCAUGCCGCUUGCUCCGGAGAAGCCCAGGUGUGGCCUCACUCACAUCCCACUCUGAGUCCAAAUGUUCUCUCCCUGGAAGAUACCAAUGUUUCUGUCUGUUCGUGAGGACUCCGUGCCCACCACGGCCUCUUUCAGGUGCUGCCUAUGAUGAAGAUGAGCAGAUGGCCAUCUCAGCUGGGGCCACAGUGCACUGGACCUAUAGUUUCCAAUUCCACACUCACCAGGCAUCUUUCUGAUGAUCCGAUGGCUUCUCAGAGCCAGGGAUGGGCCAGGAUCCAUCCCCUUGGCUACUGUCUUGCUGAGAAAUUAAUAAGCAGCAUCUGGUGCUAUACUUUGGUCUCUAGUGAGUUAGCUCAUGAAAGAUGAUAGAUUCUCCAAGCCAGGGGUAUGCAGGAAAUGGGUUUUCUGUAGCUACAGAAAUGGGGUUGAGGGUUGGACUACCCAGGGGAAGUCUUACCUUCAGAGGACUCUGGAAAGGAGGCUGCAAGUUUUCAUGGGUCAAGAAUUCAGAGCCCAGUAGAGACAGCUUAUCUCUGUUCCAAGAUGUCUGGGGCCUUGGUUGGAAGAUUCAAAGGCUAGGAAACCAGGAGCCACCAAAAGCGUAACUGGGGCCAGAGGAUCCACUUUCAAGGUGGCAAGUUGGUUCCCCCCAUGUGGCUGCUUGAGUAUCCUCACAUGGCGGCUCACAUCCUUCCAAGUAAGCAAUGCAAGAGGCCAAGAAAGAUGCUGCAAAGCAUGUUAUGACCUAGCCUCAGAAAUCACACACCAUCCCUGCCACCAUUAGUAAGAAGUCCAGCCCACGUCCAGGAGAAGAGGAAGCAGAUUCCUCCUUUUGAAAGGAAGAAUAUCAAGUAAUUCGGGGGGCAUAUGAAAGCCACCACGCACCACAGGGAUCUUUUUAGAGCAUACUUCUUAUACCAUCACUGUAGUUCCUUAAGACUCAGGGGCAAAGCCUCACUUCCUUAGCACCCAGUGAAGACCACGCUUACUCCCUCACUCAACCUCUUGCUACUUCCCACCUCUCCUGUCCAACAUCUAGUGCCACUUUCCAGAACAUACCAACAGCUUCCCCAGUUCUGUGCCUCUGCUCAGGCUGUUCCCCCUGCCUGGUCCACUUGUCCUCCUUCUUGUCCCGUCAAAAUGUUUCUUAUCCUUCAAGACCCAGCUCUAGAGUCACCUCCAACCCCUUACCCACCAGCCCCCUCUCCAAGUCUGUGUCCCACAACCCCCCUGCUCCCUCCAGGGCACCCUCCACCCUCUGGGCCACAGUUGUCAGGAGUCAGGCAGGGCAGGGGCCGGGUGGUGUCUUCUUUGUGUUCUUGCACUCAGGGCAGAGCUCAGCACAGAGCAGACGCUCAAAAAACAUUUAAAGGAUAAAAGCAUUGAUUUGUGGGUCCCCCAGUCUGGCUCCAGGAUGCCAGCCAGCUGCUCCUAGAAGCAAACGGACUUUUCCUGGGAAAUCCCAGAGGUGAUGAUCAGUAUCUCUCCCGUGACUUGUAGUUCAGCUCUUCCUCCAUGAGCCUGACUAUCAGUGGACCUCCCAGAAAGAGCCCCUUUUCCUUCUCUCACCCACAGCACAGGGCACUGGGAAAAUGCCCAAUGAGUCCUGCUCUCUGGGUUGUGCUUUGGACUUUUCAGUGUGUCUUCGCAUCCACUCUUCAACUUGAAUGUUGCAACAGCCAUGAAAAAAGAAAUGCAAAGCGAUUCAGGAUGAGAGCAAUACCCUACUCCAAAGAAGGCAAAAUAGAAGCUCAGAGAGGUCAAGCAAUUUGCCCAAGACCACACAGCUAGGAGUGGAACUCAUGGCUGUCCAAGCCCCAUGCCUCUGCUGAAGCACCGACAUGCUCAAUGUCACCUUGCAAGGGCCCACUCUUAACGGGACAUUUGCCCAGAGCAAAUGCCCCCAAGUGGAGUGGCUGGGCUGGCUCAACACCAUCCAGCCCCCCUUCCUCUGGGUGCUGUUCGUGCUGGCCACCCUAGAGAACAUCUUUGUCCUCAGCGUCUUCUGCCUGCACAAGAGCAGCUGCACGGUGGCAGAGAUCUACCUGGGGAACCUGGCCGCAGCAGACCUGAUCCUGGCCUGCGGGCUGCCCUUCUGGGCCAUCACCAUCUCCAACAACUUCGACUGGCUCUUUGGGGAGACGCUCUGCCGCGUGGUGAAUGCCAUUAUCUCCAUGAACCUGUACAGCAGCAUCUGUUUCCUGAUGCUGGUGAGCAUCGACCGCUACCUGGCCCUGGUGAAAACCAUGUCCAUGGGCCGGAUGCGCGGCGUGCGCUGGGCCAAGCUCUACAGCUUGGUGAUCUGGGGGUGUACGCUGCUCCUGAGCUCACCCAUGCUGGUGUUCCGGACCAUGAAGGAGUACAGCGAUGAGGGCCACAACGUCACCGCUUGUGUCAUCAGCUACCCAUCCCUCAUCUGGGAAGUGUUCACCAACAUGCUCCUGAAUGUCGUGGGCUUCCUGCUGCCCCUGAGUGUCAUCACCUUCUGCACGAUGCAGAUCAUGCAGGUGCUUCGGAACAACGAGAUGCAGAAGUUCAAGGAGAUCCAGACGGAGAGGAGGGCCACGGUGCUAGUCCUGGUUGUGCUACUGCUAUUCAUCAUCUGCUGGCUGCCCUUCCAGAUCAGCACCUUCCUGGAUACGCUGCAUCGCCUUGGCAUCCUCUCCAGCUGCCAGGAUGAGCGCAUCAUCGAUGUAAUCACACAGAUCGCCUCCUUCAUGGCCUACAGCAACAGCUGCCUCAACCCACUGGUGUACGUGAUCGUGGGCAAGCGCUUCCGAAAGAAGUCUUGGGAGGUGUACCAGGGAGUGUGCCAGAAAGGGGGCUGCAGGUCAGAACCCAUUCAGAUGGAGAACUCCAUGGGCACACUGCGGACCUCCAUCUCCGUGGAACGCCAGAUUCACAAACUGCAGGACUGGGCAGGGAGCAGACAGUGAGCAAACGCCAGCAGGGCUGCUGUGAAUUUGUGUAAGGAUUGAGGGACAGUUGCUUUUCAGCAUGGGCCCAGGAAUGCCAAGGAGACAUCUAUGCACGACCUUGGGAAAUGAGUUGAUGUCUCCAGUAAAACACCGGAGAGUAAUUCCUGCCCUGCCCAAUUUUGCAGGGAGCAUGGCUGUGAGGAUGGGGUGAACUCAUGCACAGCCAAGGACUCCAAAAACACAACAGCAUUACUGUUCUUAUUUGCUGCCACACCUGAGCCAGCCUGCUCCUUCCCAGGAGUGGAGGAGGCCUGGGGGCAGGGAGAGGAGUGACUGAGCUUCCCUCCCGUGUGUUGUCCGUCCCUGCCCCAGCAAGACAACUUAGAUCUCCAGGAGAACCGCCAUCCAGCUUUGGUGCAAUGGCUGAGUGCACAAGUGAAUUGUUGCCCUGGGUUUCUUUAACCUAUUCAGCUAGAACUUUGAAGGACAAUUUCUUGCAUUAAUAAAGGUUAAGCCCUGAGGGGUCCCUGAUAACAACCUGGAGACCAGGAUUUUAUGGCUCCCCUCACUGAUGGACAAGGAGGUCUGUGCCAAAGAAGAAUCCAAUAAGCACAUAUUGAGCACUUGCUGUAUAUGCAGUAUUGAGCACUGUAGGCAAGAGGGAAGAAAGAGAAGGAGCCAUCUCCAUCUUGAAGGAACUCAAAGACUCAAGUGGGAACGACUGGGCACUGCCACCACCAGAAAGCUGUUCGACGAGACGGUCGAGCAGGGUGCUGUGGGUGAUAUGGACAGCAGAAGGGGGAGACCAAGGUUCCAGCUCAACCAAUAACUAUUGCACAACCACCUGUCCCUGCCUCAGUUCCCUCUUCUGUAACAUGAAGUCGUUGUGAGGAUUAAAGGCAGUAACAGGUAUAAAAGUACUUAGAAAAGCAAAGGGUGCUAUGUACAUGUGAGGCAUUAUUAUGCAGACGUAACUGGGAUAUGUUUACUAUAAGGAAAAGACACUGAGGUUUAGAAAUAGCUCCGUGGAGCAGAAUCAGUAUUGGGAGCUGGUGGCGGUGUGAAGCACCAGUGUCUGGCACACAGUAGGUGUUCAUUGGCUCCCUUCCACCUGUCAUUCCCACCACCCUGAGGCCCCCACCGCCACACACACAUGAGCAUUUGGAGAGAAGGCCAUGUCUUCAAAGUUUGAUUUGUGAUGAGGCAGAGGAAGAUAUUUCUAAUCAGUCUUGCCCAGAGGAUCACAGUGCUGAGACCCCCCACCACCAGCCGGUACCUGGGAAGGGGGAGAGUGCAGGCCUGCUCAGGGACUGUUCCUGUCUCAGCAACCAAGGGAUUGUUCCUGUCAAUCAAUGGUUUAUUGGAAGGUGGCCCAGUAUGAGCCCUAGAAGAGUGUGAAAAGGAAUGGCAAUGGUGUUCACCAUCGGCAGUGCCAGGGCAGCACUCAUUCACUUGAUAAGUGAAUAUUUAUUAGCUGGUUGGAGAGCUAGAACCUGGAGAACUAGAACCUGGAGGGCUAGAACCUGGAGAGGCUAGAACCUAGAAGGGCUAGAACCUGGAGGGGCUAGAACCUAGAGAAGCUAAAACCCGAGCUAGAAGCUGGAGGACUAGAACCUGGAGGGCUGGAAUCUGGAGAGCUAGAACCUGGAGGGCUAGAAUCUGGAGGGUUAGAACCUGGAGGGCUAGAACCCGGAGAGCUAGAACCUAGAAGGGCUAGAACCUGGAGGGCUGGAAUCUGGAGAGCUAGAACCUGGAGGGCUAGAACCUGGAGGGCUAGAACCUAGAAGGGCUAGAACCUGGAGGGCUACAACCUGGCAGGCUAGAACCUAGAAGGGCUAGAAUCUGGAGAGCCAGAACCUGGAAGGGCUAGAACCUGUAGAGCUAGAACCCAGCAGGCUAGAACCUGGCAAGCUAGAACCUGGAGGGAAUGAACCUGGAGGGCUAGAACCUGGAGAAUGAGAAAAAUUUACAUGGCAAAGAGCCCAUAAAUCCUGACCAAUCCAACUCUGAAUUUUAAAGCAAAAGCGUCAAAAAAAAGAUUCCCUCCUUACCCCCAACCCACUCUUUUUUCCCACCACCCACUCUCCUCUGCCUCAAUAAGUAUCUGGAGAAAGAAAACAGGUGAAAGAAGAAGUAAAAACCAUUUAGUAUUAGUAUUAGAAUGAAGUCAAACUGUGCCACACAUGGUGAAUGAAAAAAAAAAAAGGCUGUGUUUUGUCACACAGGGCAGUCAUUCAGCAGCAGAGCACGUGAUGGUCUGAGACUCUCUUAGGAGCAGAGCUCUGCCGCAACGGCCAUGUGGGGAUCCACACCUGGUCUGAGGAGCAACUGAGUCUGUGGGAGAAGAGCGGCCCUAUGCAUGGUGUAGAUGCCCUGAUAAAGAACAUCUGCCCUGUGAAAGACUCAAUGAGCUGUUAUGUUGUAAACAGGAAGCAUUUCACAUCCAAACGAGAAAAUCAUGUAAACAUGUGUCUUUUCUGUAGAGCAUAAUAAAUGGAUGAGGUUUUUGCA